AUGUUUCCAUAUUGGACAAGUAUUAUUGUGUUAACAAUAUUAACUACAUUAUUUGAAUUAUAUAAACAUUAUAGACAACAUAAAUUAUAUUAUAUAAAAGAAAUACCAACAGAUGUUAAAGAAGUAUAUGGUGAUAGUAUUGAACAAAAAGAAUUUGAGAAAUCACAAAAUUAUCAUUUAGAAUUAAGUAAAGUAUCAUUUAUAAGAUUAACAAUAUCAUUUAUAAUAAAUAUGUAUGUAUUAUGUUCACCAAUUUUAAGAAUUAUUUGGGAUUUUUCAACGAUAUAUAAUCAAUUUUUAACGAGUAUAAUAUUUAUAAUAAUAUUUGAUUUUAUUUCUACAAUAAUUUCAAUUCCAUUUAAAUUAUAUACUACAUUUAUUAUACGUGAAAAAUAUGGAAUGAAUAAUAUGUCACUUAUUGUAUUUAUUAAAGACUUUAUUAAAUCUUUUAUUUUAGAAACAAUAUUAAAUUUAAUAAUAAUAACUUUACUUUAUUUCGUCUCUGAAACACAAAAUUUAGCUUUGUAUUUAUGGUUUGGAAUAAUGACUUUAAAUAUUAUUAUUUCUUUAAUAUUCGUUCCUUUUGUUAUUCCUUUGUUUUAUAAAAAAACUCCUUUACAAGAAGAUCAAUAUAAAAAUGAAAUUGAAUCAAAAUUAAAUGAAGUAAAUUUCCCAUUAAAAUCUGUUUCUGUUAUUGAUGCUUCUUCUAAAGCAAAAGAAGGAAAUGCAUUCUUUUCAGGAUUAUUUGGAAAAAGAGAUCUUGUGUUAUUUGAUACUUUAAUAACAACAUGUUCUUCAGAUGAAUUAGUUGAUAUUGUAUUACAUGAAGUUGGACAUUGUAAACAUUACCAUAUAUUUAAAUUAUUAGGAAUUCAAUCAAUUCAAUUCUUUAUUAUUUUUAAAUUUAUUGAAUUCUUCUUAUUAGAUGAAGCACUUUAUACUCAAUUUGGAUUUGAUCAAAAAGUUGUUGUUGUUGGAUUUAUUUUAUUACAAAGUUUACUUGAACCUUUUAUGGAAAUUGUUUCUUUAGGAAUUAAUUUUAUUUCUAGAAAUUUUGAAUAUCAAGCUGAUGUAUAUGCUACUAAACAUGGUAAUCAUCAAUUAGCAAGUGCUUUAAUUAAAUUACAAAAGAAUAAUUUAUCAGCAUAUGUUGUAGAUCCAUUUGUCUCUACAAUUGAAAACUCUCACCCAAAUCUUGUAGAACGAAUACAAGCAAUUAAUAAAAUCAUAAAAGAUAUGAAAAGUGAUUAA